AUGUUAUGGGGCCUCAAGGAUAUAGAGGAGAUGCAGGAGUUCCAGGGAAACCAGGACCUAAAGGCCUGCAGGGCCAACCUGUGUGGAGCCAAGGGGGAGACAGGACCCGAUGGGUGGGGUUGGAAGAACUGGAGUGAAGGGAGGAGGAAAGGAGACAAGGGAAGUUUUGGAGCACGUGGUGACAAAGGACAGCAAGGAGAGAGAGGUACCAUUGGCCCUGAUGGCAUUGUUGGACGAAAUGGACCCCCCGGCAUCCCAGGCUCCAGAGGAGAGCCAGGUCCAGACGGUGACCUGGGCGUCAAAGGUGGCUCUGGACCUAAAGGAGUGCCAGGUGCCCCUGGCCCUGGGCUGACAGAUGAGCAGGUAUUGCAGCUGUGUAAAGGAGUGGUGACAGCCCAGAUCUCCCAGUAUGCAGCUUCCAUCCGGGCCAAGUGUUCCCAAGGCUGCCCCAUCAACAACCGCACACUCAUUGGGCCGCCCGGAACCAGGGGACCAACUGGAGAAUCAGGCAAACCCGGUAAAGCAGGCAAAGCUGGAGUCAAAGGAGCCAGGGGCAUCCAAGGGGACACAGGAAUGGAUGGUCAGAAGGGGGCAGAGGGUGAAAGAGGUACAAAAGGUCCGAAAGGAAAGGGGGUGAGCCUGGUAAAGGUCUGCCAGGACACGAUGGGCAUCAAGGCCUCAGAGGGCUGCCAGGUCACCCAGCAGAGCCAAAGAAAGGUAUGGCAGGUCCCAGAGGGCCCCGUGGUUUCACAGGCGCUUUGGGCCAGCCUGGCAUGGCGGGCAACGCAGGAGUGCCCGGCUUCUGUGAGGCACGGGACUGCAGCAUUCACGCGCCUGUGAUGCGUAAGGAGCAGGGCCUAGUGAAGGGACCCCGCGAUCUAAGCCCCAAGAUCUAACCCCAAGAUCUAACCCCAAGAAGGAGCUUCAGAAAGGGGUGAAGGGAUGGUCCACGAUGAGGGGUCAUAUUGGACAGUCGCGCCAUGGCAACGUUGGGGUUAAUUCCAUUCACAUCUUAGCCAAACCAGGAAUUUAAUUUGACAUUGAGUUUUGAACUGGGAAAUUACCAAUGUGUACAGCAUUGAUCUUUUUGAAUUUCUGCACAGAGAUGAACCCAACCUUGACUGCAUUCCAUCUGAGCCAAGCAAGGCUCCCAAUGAACUCUAAUGUUUAGGCAUAAUUGAUAACUUUUUUCCUAGGCCAAAACAAUACAUUAUGAAUUAUUUUAUGCAGAAACAAAAAAUAAAAUUGUCUUCUGCCAAGCAAACCAUAAGUAAAGGGGCUUGAAAAACUGGCUAAAAGAAAUUGGCAGAAAAUUAAACUUGCAGGAGUCUCUGGCUACCAGUCAGGUUUUGUUUUUGAUAUGAUCAACAAUGCUGUGGAUACAUUGAAAAUAAAAAGUUAUGUAAAUAAUGUUGUAAAGUAUCGCAAGUACAUGUACUGUGUGUUCUGAAAUAUAACUGUUUUAGAUAACUGCUGUCUUACCUUUUCUUAAGAUGAAACCUCACUUUUUUAGUCGCCACAGUUUGAGUUUCUUUCUGAGAAUGUGUGGUCUCUUUCAGUCAUCUGAUGUUAUUCAGGUUAAUCUAAAUAACUUUUAUUUUUUUUACCAUUUACAGAUGUUCACAGACAAGAUAACAUUGAUCAAUAUAGAAUUUUAAAAAACUUACUAUUUCAUAUUAUUUCAUAUUAAAAAUAAUACAUUGAAAUUUGUUAUACAGUAUAUUGUUUUUGGAAUUUAUAGUUAAUCUGGCAAUGAUUUGUAGGACAGCACAAAAUGUCUGUUGAUUAAAUGAAUUAACUAUGUUCAUUGGAUGGCGGUUUGGAUUUUUAAAUAAAUUGAUGUACAUUA